CGUGCCCUCGCGGCUUAAGGCCAGUAAGCGGACGAACUCUCUGCCUACUUAAAUCGGUGCGUGUGGGGGUUUAAAUGACCGCCUGUUGUAAUUAGGAUUGUAAUUAUUCAUGCGUCAUUUUGCAGAUGUCAAGUCGCAAGGACUCAACUCAACAGACGACAUUGUCAUCACAGGCGCCAAAUAUGUGGAAAAGGACUCGCCCAUCAAACUGACGUGUAACGCCACGGGCGAAGACCACGCCCCGGACGAAAUAGACUGGUUCAAGAACGGCGACAAGCUGGAAACAAACUAUGCCAGACAAAUAUACAUACAAAAACGUGUCUCCUUGACAACAAAGACUAUUUUAAGCAUUCUUGAAAUCAAGGAGGCCAAGAUGGACGAUGCAGGGAUGUACAUUUGUCGGACGUCAGACCUUCAGAUUACCAGCAAAAGGGUUAACGUUCUAAAUGCUGGAACAUCGAACGUUAAGCGAGGGACUGAGAAGGACAACGAUGCAAUGAUUAUAGGGAGUUCUGGAAGAAGAUCGUCUGGGAUGAGUUCACUCCGGGCUUCAGACGCUUCAGGACUUGUUCUUCUGCUUUUGUGGUCCGCCAUCAUAUCAGAACUCUUGAGGGCCACGUGAGGUUUCAGUUCGAGGGAAAUGUUUCACUAGCCACACCGUAAAGGGACAGAUACGAUACUCGUAGACGGUUUCCAGGAAUUAUCUCCAUAGCCAAGUCUUAAUCGGAUGAGUCAUGAUGUUCGUAGACGGUUCCAGGAAUUGUCUCCAUAGCCAAGUCUUAAUGGAGUACAGUCACGAUAUUCGUAAACAGUUUUCAGGAAUUGUCUCUAUAACCAAGUCUUGAUGAGUACAGUCAUGAUGUUCGUAAACAGUUUCCAGGAAUUGUUUCUAUAACCAAGUCUUGAUGAGUACAGUCAUGAUGUUCGUAAACAGUUUCAGGAAUUGUUUCUAUAACCAAGUCUUGAUGAGUGCAGUCAUAAUGUUCGUAAACAGUUUCUAGGAAUUGUCUCUAUAACCAAGUCUUGAUGAGUACAGUCAUGAUGUUCGUAAACAGUUUCUAGGAAUUGUCUCUAUAACCAAGUCUUAAUGGGUACAGCCAUGAUGUUUGUAAAGUUUCCAGGAAUUGUCUCUAUAGCUAAAUAUUAAUGGGUACAGUCACAAUAUUCGUAAACAGUGUCCAGGAAUUGUCUCUAUAAACCAAGUCUUGAUGAGUACAGUCAUGAUGUUCGUAAACAGUUUCCAGGAAUUGUCUCUAUAGCUAAAUCUUAAUGGGUACAGACACGAUAUUCGUAAAACGUUUCACCAAUACGGACGUUGUCAAGUGUGUUUACGUGGAGGUGAUGUUGCCUCGGGUUAGAAGAGUCCAUACACAGCUGCAAAUUAAAAAUAAAUAAAUUCAGACAAUGA